AUGGCGCAGCAUCUGCCCAUACAGUUUACUUCUCUCGUCAACCUGAGUGAGAUCGGGGUGAAGAGUGCGUCUUUUCGGUUCGGAAAUGUGGCUAUCGACGGUGACAAGCAUUUGGUGGUGCGAGAUGUCGAGGGCAACGAGUUGUAUUUCGUGUCUUUAAGCCCCAAAGAUGCAGUGGAAGCUUCUGGGGGGUCGGGUGCGUAUACCUUUAGUAAGAAGCCGACGCAGGCAGAGGCUGCUUUGCAUCACCCAACGGAUCCGAUAGUGGCUCUGCGGGCUAAGGCGGAGGGAGCGCAGCAACUGGUUCAAGUUCUCAAUCUUGAGACGAAGGCUCGCAUGGGAACCGCUCCCGUGUCUGAGCAGAUCGUGUAUUGGCGCUGGAUCGCUCCAAGAGUUCUUGGGCUUGUUACUGAAAAGUCAGUGUAUCACUGGACGCUGGGGGAGGGCGCUGAGGCGGCUACAGAGCCGCAGAAGGUUUGCGAUCGGGAAGGCAGACUGGCAGAAGGCGUUCAGAUCAUUGGGUAUGCCACCGAUAAGGACAUGAAGUGGUGUGUGCUCACGGGCAUCAGCACGCAAGACGGUGGCAAGACGAUCGACGGGUCGUUGCAGCUCUAUUCGCUAGAGCUGAAGAAGCACCAACAGCUGGAAGGGCAUGCAGCCUGCUUUGGUACCAUCGUGACAGACGAGGCUCAGGGGCACCAGCCCGUCAUCUGCUUCGCGGAAAAGAAAAGGAGUGCGCCCGAAUUCAAGCUGCACGUGAGAGACCUCGCGCCGAAGAGGGAGGAUGGCAAACCCCCUCUCCGCGUCUGCACCGACAUCCACCUCUCCCCAGACGCGCCUUCCGACUUCCCGCUGUCUGUACACCUGAGCAAGAAACUGGGCCUCGUUUUCCUGGUGACAAAAGGCGGCUUCCUGCUGCUCUUCGACGGCCUCACCGGCACACAACUCUUGAGACACCGUAUUUCUCAAGACCCCAUCUUCCUUACCUCCGACUCCCCACAAACGGGAGGCGUCAUCACCGUCCAUAAAAAGGGCCUCGUGGCACUCACCACAAUCAACAUGGCACUGCUCGCGCCUUACAUGCAGCAUGGACUUCCGCAUAUCCCCAACAGAGCGCAGAUUUACCUCAGCCUUGCAAAGCGCUAUGGUCUUCCCGGCGCAGAUGAGGCCCUCGUACAGGCCUUUAACCAACACUUCGCGAGCGGCAACUACAGAGGAGCGGCACGCAUCUGCGCGACGCUCAAGUCGGGGAGGCUGCGGACGCCGCAGGUGCUCCAGCAGUUCAAGUCUGUACCAGCGCAGCCGGGGCAGACUUCAGCGAUUCUGCUGUACUUCUCCACGCUUCUGGAGUAUGGCUCGCUGAAUGCGGUGGAGAGUCUCGAGCUCGUGCGCCCUGUAGUGUCUCAGGGGAGAAAGGACUUUGUCACGACGUGGCUAAAGGAAGACAAGUUGGAAUGCACGGAGGAGCUGGGGGAUGUGCUGCGACCUCUCGAUGCUGCCCUCGCAACUCAGGUGUACAAGAAGGCAAAAGCCGGACAGAAGGUGAUGAUGAUGCUGACGGAGCAAGGGAAGACGGACGAGCUGCUCGAAUAUGCCGCUCAGACGCGCAUGCAGGCUGACUACGCCUCCAUGCUCCGUGCUCUGCUAGCCACCAAUCCGGAGGGCGCAGUUUCUUUCGCACAAAAGCUGCUGGCAGCGGAUCCCCCACUCAUGGAUCCUAACCAAAUCGUUGAUGUCUUACUGCAGCAACAGCGCUUUCAGGAGCUCUCCUCCUUGCUGCUGGAAUAUCUCAAAGGCAACAAACCCGAGCAGGGUGCCCUGCAGACACGUCUCUUCGAGUUCAACCUCAAGCACUCCCCGCAAGUCGCCGAGGCAAUCUUCCAGAUGGACAUGCUGACUCACUACGACCGACAGAGAGUGGGUGCCCUCUGCGAAGCUGCAGGAUUACACCAACGGGCUCUCGAGAACUACACGGAUCUAGCCGACGUGAAGCGCGUGCUUCUGCAAACAGGGGGCAAAAUCUCGCAAGAAUGGAUCAUUCAAUUCUUCGGACGAAUGGCACCCGACGUGUGCGUGGAGAUACUGACAGACAUGCUCCGAUCCUCCUCGCAGAACCUACAGGCCGUUGUAGGCGUUGCCAUCAAAUUCCACGAGCAGCUUGGCGUCGAACGCCUUGUCACCAUGUUCGAACGCUUCAGCAGCUAUGAAGGCAUCUUUUAUUUCCUUGGAUCCAUCCUUGCCUUCUCCACAGACCCCGAAGUGCACUUCAAGUACAUCGAGGCAGCCGCCAAACUCAAUCACACGCAGGAAGUCGAGCGCGUGUGCAGGGAGAGCAAGUACUACGAGCCUCAGCGUGUCAAAGAAUUCCUCAAGCAAGCCAAGCUCAGUGAUCCUAGGCCCCUGAUUUACGUGUGUGACAUGCAUGGCUUUGUUGUGGAGCUGACGGAGUACUUGUACAAGCACUCGCUGCUGCGAUACAUCGAGGUGUAUGUAUCCCGCGUGAAUUCGGCGAAUGCGCCUCUGGUGGUAGGGGCUUUAGUCGAUUUGGAUGCUCCGGAGGAUUUUAUCAAGCAGCUCCUGCAGGCCGUUCGUGGGAACUGCAGUGCUGCACAGCUCGUUGAGGAAGUUGAAAAGAGGAAUAGACUCAGACUGCUCCUUCAAUGGCUUGAACAACGCGUGGGGGAGGGCAACCAGGACCCGGCUGUCCACAAUGCGCUUGCCAAGAUCUUCAUCGACACGAAUCGCGACUCGGAGACUUUUCUCAAGACGAAUGCCUUCUAUGAUUCUAUGGAAGUCGGAAAGUACUGCGAGGAAAGAGAUCCGCAUUUGGCCUUCAUCGCCUACAAGAGGGCAUGGGGUCCCUGCGAUAAGCAGCUUGUCGAGCUGACGAAUAAGAAUGGUCUUUUUAGGCUACAAGCCCGCUAUCUCGUGGAACGUCAGUGUGCUGAGUUGUGGGCGUAUGUGUUGCGUCCUGAGAAUGCACAUCGCCGUUCUGUUAUCGACCAAGUGGUGUCAUCUGCGCUGCCCGAGUCCUCUUCCGCUGAUGAGGUGUCUGCGGCAGUGAAUGCCUUCAUUGGCGCGCAGCUGCCGCAGGAGCUCACGGAGUUGUUGGAGAAAAUUGUGCUGCACAACAGUGAUUUCAGCUCGAAUCAGAACUUGCAGAACCUCCUUAUCCUCACGGCCAUAAAGGCGGAUCCCUCUCGCGUUAUGGGCUACGUGAACCGUCUGCAGAAUUUUGAUGGAGCCGCAAUCGCGCAAGUAGCUCUCGAGAACGGCUUGCGGGAGGAGGCGCUCACGAUCUACAGAAAGUUUGGACUCCUGUCCGAGGCUGCAGACACGCUGCUGGCAGCAGCUGCCGCUGGCGGGGAACAAGAACUCGAGAGAGCUCAGGAGUUCGCUCAGCGCUGCGGCAAUGCGGAAGUAUGGCGUAAACUGGGAAGGGCUCAGCUGCAGCAGGGGCGAGUAGUGGAGGCUGUGGACUCCCUGAUUAAGGCUAACGAUGGGGAGGUGUUCAGAGAAGUAGUUGAGAAAGCGACAGAGCAACGCGCCUUCGAGGCACUUGCCGAGUACCUCCUGAUGGCUCGCAAGAGCAUUGCUUUCAAGGAUCAAACUCUUGACUCAGAGCUCCUGUACGCUUACGCAAUGACGGAAAGGCUAGAGGACAUGGAGACUUUUCUCAAUGGUCCGAACACGGCAAACGUUCAGGCUAUUGGCGACAGACUUUUCGAGCAGGGGCACUACCAGGCUGCGAAGACUCUUUACCAGAGUCUGCCGAAUUACAGCAAAUUGGCGAGCUGCUUCGUGCAAAUGAAAGACUUUGGGGCGGCUGUGGAUGCGGCCCGGAAGGCGAAGAAUCCAAAGACGUGGAAGGAAGUGACUUGUGGAGCGCUCGAUGAGGGAGACUUGAAAUGCGCACACACGACGGGCUUGCAACUUGUUGCUCACCCUGAUCUUCUAGACGCUUUGGUGGAAGAAUACGAGAAGAGGGGCCUCCACAGAGAGCUCAUGGAUCUUCUGGAAACAGGAGCUCAGGGAGAACAAACACAUGUCGGCCUGUUCACUGAGUUAGGGGUCUUGUAUGCGACGUUUGACAGUGCGAAGCUGAUGGAGCACUGCCGCCAGCACAAGGGCAGAAUGAACAUCCCGCGGCUCAUUCGGACUUGCGAGAAGUGCUGCCUCUGGAAAGAAGCCGUGUAUCUGCACACCAUCUACGACGAGUACGAGCAGGCUGCGAACUGCAUGCUCCUUCAUCCCACCGCGUGGCAACAUGAGCAGUUUAUUCAGGUCAUUCAAAAGGUGUCCAACAUGGAGUUGCUGUAUCGCGCGAUUGCGUUUUACCUGGAGGAGCAUCCGUUGCAGCUGUGUGCGCUGCUGAAGGGAGUGGACAGAAAGGUUGAUCACUCGCGCGUUGUACAGCAGCUCCGCAAAGCCGGCCAUCUGCCGCUUAUUGAGAAGUAUCUGCAAGAGCAGCUGCCGCUCAAUGUGGCAGCCGUAAAUGAAGCCAUGCUGGAGCUCCUAGUUGCCGCCGAGGACGAGGAGCGCAUCCGAGAGCUCAUUGCAGAAUGCGACAACUUCGAUCAGUUGAGUUUUGCGAAGCAGCUCGAGUCUCAUCGCGAACUUGGAAUGCGCAGGAUUGCAGCCCUCUUAUACCAGAGGAACAAGAAAUACUCCCUAGCGAUUGAACUCUCCAAGAAAGAUGCACAGCUGCAAGACUGCAUCGACAGUGCCAAAGAGUCGGGCAGUGCUCAGCUCGUUGAAGACCUCCUCAAAUAUUUCUUGGCGGAGUUGAAAGAUCCCGAGGCGUUCGCUGCCUGCCUGCACAGUUGUUGCUACCUUGUGAAGCCGGACGUCGCUCUAGAGCUGGCGUGGAGGCACAAAGUGAUGGAUUUCAUUAUGCCAUACCUCAUACACGUGGUAAGAGACGUUACCACGCGCCUCGAUCAGCUCGACAAGCAACAGCAGCAGCAGCAGCAGCUGCAGCAGAGCGCUCCCAAUGACUAUGUUCCAGACUACAGCGUGCAGCCGAUGACAGUGCUACCAGGAAUGGGGGGUCUCGCCCUCAUGCCGCCAACGAAUAGUUGCACGUCUUCGCACCAGCCGUUCAGUAAGCUGCCUGAUCCUCCUUGCGGGGAGGGGGGAUCGAGUUGUGUGUACUGCUGGGGGGCAUCGGGAGGAUGCGGGGGACGGAAAGCUGGACUCACGGCUAUGCUGGACCGUGCUGCUGGAUGCAUGCAUGCGUCUUGCAGGCGUCCCCCCAUCGGCGGGAGCUGCUAUGGGGUUGGGAGCCCCUUCGUUCCCCUCUAUGCAGUGAGAGUUAAGCCCUCCUCUGCUCUUGCGGCUCGCACGCGCUCCUCACUGCAUUGCGGAGGCGCUACGCGGAGAUAUGGCUGCCGCCAGCUUCCAGCUUGCAGCUCAUUGCCUAGAAAAGGUGCUUCGCUGACCUUUAACGCCUUCUGA